UAAAGCGACGUACACAACGCUGGCGUUGGUCACACGUGGGUUCAUAAGUUUUUCAGUGUGAUGUGGUUUGAUUAGUUUUAAUUAAAACAUGUCAAAGAGGCAGAAAGCCGUGUCAGAAGGAAAGACCGGGUCUCAAGUGGAACAUGUGGAGGAUGAGGUUCAGGACCCGCCGCCCGAGACCAGACGGACCCGCAGCGGCCGCAAAGUGCGCACUCCUGCGGCGCUGCUAGACGCAGAAGCCCCGGUGAGGACUCCCACCCGGAGAACAAGGCGGUCUGUCCUCCAGGAGCUGCCGGCGGUGGAGGAGAAAAACACGGAGGUGGCAGAGCGGAGACCCGAGAGUGUACCCGAGGAGAAGCUCGGUAUGUCCGCGGAGCCGGAGCCAGCGGAGCCGCAGGCAGAGGCUGCAGCGGCAGACCCGCACCGAGCUGACGUUCAACAGUCCGGGCCUGAACCGGCAGAGACGGGACCCAAGAGCACCGACACUGUCCCACACAAGAAGCCUCGCCUGGGGUUAAGUGAGAAACAGAAGCCGGUCAUUCCGCUGGGAAAACCCAAAUCCGGGAGGGUUUGGAAAAACCGCAACAAGCAGAGGUUCUCUGCUCUGGUGAGAGAUAAACCGUUGUGCACAUCCUGGGACAAGAAGAUGGCGGCCAAGCGGGAGAAGGACCUGGUGAAGCAGUAUUCUUUGCAGCUGAAAGAGGAGAAAGCCAAACAGAAAGAGGAAAAGAGGAAAAGGAGAGAAGAAAACUUGAAACGUCGCGCAGAGAAUGAACGCAAAGCGGAGAUUGUGCAAGUGAUCAGGAACACCACAAAGAUCAAGAGGAUGAAGAAGAAGCAGCUGAGGAGGAUCGAGAAGCGAGACACGCUGGCGCUGCUGCAGAAGUCACAGAAGCAGAGCGUGAAAACCAAAUCACAAAGAAGUGAAAAGGUCGAUCAAGAUCUCACAGAAAGACUGAGACAAUAAACAUGUAAAUGUUCAGCUCUUUGUCUGCAUGUUUUUUAUUUUCAUGUGAUGAUUUAUGUCCACAUCGACAAAAGCUUUCUGAGCAAGAAGGCUUCAGUUAAAAAUAGUUAAAAUAAAUAUAACGUGUUUGCUGCUGGUCGUCAUGACGCCGA